CGUAAGCGUGGUCAAUUAAAUGGCGGACAUUGUCCCAGAAUGCUUUGUACCUGACGUCACAACAACUACUGAGAGUAGAGAAGAUGGCGGAGAUUCAGGCCAACUGCUUGUAUGAUUUUGAAGGUGACGCUGAUAAUGGGGAGCUCACUUUUCGAGCCGGUGAUAUACUUACUAUUAUACGACAGGACAUUGGCGAUGGAUGGUGGGAAGGAAAAGACUCCUCGGGUCAACAAGGCCUCAUCCCAGAGACCUAUGUGGAGAUUUUAUCCAUACCAGAACCAGCAUUCCCUCCGCCUCCACCUCCAGUGCCCACAUCAGCGCCCUCUGCCCCAUCAUUGCCUCCAGCAGGAGGAUAUUCUAAUGGUCCACAUGAUGGAGGAGGAGGGAGACCAGGAGGUGGCGAUUCACAUCUUGAGCCACAAGCAAGUUAUGAGGAAUGGGAUGAAGACUGGGACAGUGAUGAUGGUGAUUCUACAACAGGCGCACUAAGUUCAUCCAUUGGCCAGGAUUUACAAUACCAAGGUGGUUCUGGACUUUCAGCACCCAGACGCGAACACAAGCAACUGUCACCAACUGGAGAGACAUCUAAAUAUGGCACUGUCAGAAGCAGCUUUAACAGAUUUUCCCAUUUUGCAAAGUCAGGGGGUGAAUCUUUUAUGAUGGGUCAAGUGGACACUAAUGUGCCAGACAGUGAUCGCAUUCGUAUUGUGGAGACUGUAGAUGGGCCUGUUUGGCAACACCAGGAUAGUCCAUACACGUGUACCCUUGCAUCACCCAAAAAGGAAUCGAAAAUGAAAGGCCUAAAAAGCUUUAUAGCUUACCAGCUUACACCUUCUUUCAGCCAAAUACAGGUGAGUCGGAGAUACAAGCAUUUCGACUGGUUACAUGAACGACUGGAAGCCAAGUUUAUUUGUGUGCCUAUUCCUCCUCUGCCAGACAAGCAGGUAACAGGACGAUAUGAGGAAGAUUUUGUGCAAGAACGAAUGAAAUUUUUACAAAUGUGGAUCAAUCGCAUGGUCCGUCACCCUCUCAUUAGUCGCUCUGAAGUAUUCCUGCACUUCCUAACCUGUACAGAUGACAAGAAAUGGAAGCAAGGCAAGAGAAAAGCAGAAAAGGAUGAGUACCAAGGCUUCAAAUUUUUCUUGACACUCAGUCCUCCACCGCAAGAAAUGGAUAUGCGAGAUGUAGAUGCCAGGAUGGAGGUAUUCUGCAAGUUUGUGAUGGGCAUGACAGACAAUGUUAAGCAAGUGCACUCAAUAAUACUGGAUUAUGCAAAAAAGCAAAUGGGGCCUUUUAAGAGAGAGUACACAAAAAUAGGCACGGCUUUCAAGCAGCUUGCAGCGACUUUCAACAUGGACACACAUGAAGCAUCAAGGCAACUAACAGCAGCAAUAGAUCACACUGGAGAUGCUUACAAUGACAUUGGUGUCAUGUUUGAGAGACAGCCACCGUGUGAUGCCUACCCAUUCCUGGACUCCCUGCAUGAGUACAAAGGCAUAUUGCAGACCUAUCCUGAUGUUCUGAAGAUGCAUGAGGGAACUGUGGGAAAAGCAAAGGAGUGUGUGAAACUAAAGGAAGAAAGCAAGUUGACAGAUGAUGAGCUGAGGAAAGUGAUGGCACGUGCAAGCACAAUAUCCUAUGGCACCCUCGCAGAAAUGAACCACUUUCAAGCAGAGCGGACAAAAGAUUUCAAGCUGAUGAUGCAGAUGUACCUUCAGUCACAGAUCAAAUUUUACAAAAAUAUGACCAAAAAGCUGGAGGAUGCAUUGGCACAUUAUGAGACUAUAGAGAUUCCAAGUUAGGCCUUGACAGCAAUGAGACUGGCACCAUGCAGCAAGCAAAGGCGAGUUAUAAAGCAGUUUGCAGUAAACACGCUGGAUGCAGUUUCAUGUAUGUGUGAGUGUGUGUGUGUGAGAGAGAGAGAAAAUGAGACAAAGGUAAUACCUUAAAGAAGUUACUGUAUAUAGUCCUGGCACCAAGUAAAGAGUGGUUUUCACAAGCAGUAAUAAAUCUGUGAACAUCUCAUAAUGAACGUUACAUUAACUUGUUUGCAGCUAUAAAAGUGCUGCUUAUGUCACCUGAAGAUUUCCUUCCUUUGUAAUAUUUUCUAAUGUCAGCAUUGCCUUUCUGUAGGAGAAGACUAUUCUUAGCUUUCUCACCAUGUAUCAUGCUGAACAAGCAGUUAUUGUUGCUGUUGCUAUUGUGUUUUGAUUUAUCAAAUUGUUGUUGAAUCAGGAAGGGUUGUGGAUUUUGUUCUUAUAGGGUAUGACUGGAAACUGAUGAUAGAACCAAAUGGUAUAAAGAUUAGUCAGAUUAGGUGGGCACAUUCUGUUUGACAAUCAGAUGUGAAAAUUUGUGAAUGCACCCACUCAUUUCAGGGCAUAAUAUUUAUAAUAGAAGUAAUGCAAAUAUUUUGAUGAUAAUGAAGGUGUGUACAGGUGUUCAAAUAUUAACCUUUAAUAAUGUACAUUGUGUUAUUCAAGUAUUGCAAAAAGAAAGCUGUUAAAUGUUGGGAACAGGUUCUUAUGGUUGCAGUGCAAUUACUGCAUGAAUUAUUGCAUAUUAAGCUUUUGCCUGUUGCUGAUAAGAGCUGCAGAAAAUAUUCACUUUUUGACAUAAUGGAGUUGGAUAAUAGCAAUAAAGAUGUGUGCUAGCUUUAUUUGCCUUUUUUUAAACCCUUUCCACCAUUAAGUGACAAAUUGUGUUUGUAAUGUUAGGAACGUUCUAUUAGAUUGUUUGGUAUAUAGUACUGUUAAGAUCUUUCUCUUUAUUAUUUCAGCAGUGAUAUAUAUAUAUGUCCUCGUUGUGUGACCUGCUAGCAUCUUACCAUUGUCACUAGUUGACGAUGAACUUAAAUUUAACAAAAGAUGAAUACAGAUUAUUGUUACUCUUCUCUAUCCACCAGCCCCCAGUGAUAUAGGAAGAUGCUUGGCUUUUGUGGGAUGCUGACAGUGAACAAUAUUCACAUUCUUGUUUCUUCAGUAUCUUAUUUGAGGGGGCAGCUGCGCCCCUGGUUCCCACGCCACUGACCCUUUGCUGCACAUCUUGCUUAUUUUUGUCUUGGUCAAGUUAAUAAAGGCCAGCAAGUGAUUUUUUUUCUUGACCUAAUGGAGUCAAAAUUCUAAUAGUUAAUGGGAAGGUUUUGCAAAUAAAUAGAAAUAGUUUCAUAGUAUAUUUAUGUUGACAAUGCAAUUUCAGAUUUUUCUAGUCUAAUGAGAAGCAGUAUAACAACUCUAUAAAUCAGAUGAUAACUUUCUUUGUGGGCAAUAGUUUUUAUGUAGGUGGUGCUAUCAUUUGAGGUUUACAGGUUUUCUAGCAAAUAGGUGGCUUCUUUACAGCAACAUUUUGCUAUCCAGUGCUUUUUUUUUUUAGGUCCUAUUUUGUGGCAGAUGAUUACUUGAUGAACUACAAAAAAAAAUUUGGAACAGGAACUUUUUCAUUAUCAGAUCAUUUCAUCCCCAAAUAUUAAAUAUAUAUGAAAUCUGUAUUACAGGCUUAUAAUAAGUAUUCAAUAUGUAUGUUAAGCAGUAUUUUCAGUUUGAAACGAUGCUAAAAAGCAUCAAAGGCAGAUAUCAUAUUAUCUGUUGUAAUAUCUGUAUUUUAUUCAUCAACUUUUUUUUGUUACAAAGUUAUAAGUGCAUUUUAAAAAGGCUGGAAGGAAGAGGUGGGCUGCUGGUCAAACUUCAAGUAAUCCUCACAUGAUUGUGCCACACUAUUGCCUUUUUCUAUCAUCAAAAGAGUUAAUUGGAGAUUUUUUUUUAACAAAAAUUGUUCAAUAUUAUAUAAAAGGCCAUAUAGCAGUCAUGAAAAAGGAAAAAGCUCUGCAGAUCAUAUGCACAGAAUUUGGCUGCAGCUGUUUUCAGUUCUAACGAGGUAUUUUUGAAACCAGUUGUUUUAAAUUCAUGCUAAAUACCCAAAUGUGAUUUGUUGAGUAAGGGUUUUAAAAAAUGCUUAAUGCAAGAAUGAGCUGUUUGUGUAAAAUUAUUGUUGCAGUAUAAUCGUGUAUGCGUACUUAACAAGAAUUUGGAGUGUCUUAGUUUCUCCAGAUACAUAAAAAAUGCUUGAUAAUGCUUAAAAAUGCUUACACAAUAUGUUUAUAAAAUAGCAUGUUAAUGCAUCUUUGCAGUUGUGAUUCAAGUUUUUAAGCAGUUUAUGGCAUAUGCAUUUUGAUUUUUUUUUAAGGAUAUAUAUUGGGAAAUGAGAGAGUGUAUUCUUGCAUUUUCAGCAUUAGUGAAUGUUUGCAUGAAUAUUACUAACCGUUUUGAAAAUAAUAGCUGUGAAAAUCGAAAAUGGAUGAAAUUGCUCAAUGUGCAAGAAUAUGUACAUAAAAUGUACAAUCAGUAUGUGCAACAAAUUACACUGUAGUUUUUGAACAUGUAAAAGCUAAUAUAACUGAUGCCAUCACUUACAAGUCAAAUUCUGUGCAUGACAUUAGUAAACCCAGUGGUUACAUGUGGUUAAAAUCUCUUGAUGACAUAAGAUGCUGGACAGAUUUUAUCUUCAUGACAAGCAAACGUAACAAAAAUAGAAUGUAAUUUUUGCAAAUAAAAUUGAGAUAUUAAUAUAUUUAUUUAUGUCUUGUAAAUGAGGGGAAGGAGUUAUCUGUUUUCUAGAAUCUCAAAGUCAUGAUUGCCACCUCAAGCCCUUUCAUGGCACUUGUAAGUCAGAAAUCAGCAUUAUUUAAUUGUGUGAACAAAAAGCACCCACUAGUACAGUUACAAAACUUUUUUGGAACUUCUGUCACCAUGAUUGAAAGAAAUCAUAUUGACUGUACAAAAUAAAUUCAUUUCCGUUACAAACCCAUAUUAGUAAACAAUGUUACUAUUAUUGUUUAUUCAGUCUUAUUCUUUCAUUUUGUUUAGUUUAAAAACAAUGAGCCAAGUUCUAGUAACCAGUUUUAAGUUGUACUUGGUGAAGCUAACAUUGCCUGCAUCUUUUUCUGAACUGCAUUCUUACAACAGGAAGCCUGGGUCCAAAUUGGCACAAGUUCUAUUCAAGGCUCACUUGAAUAUUUUCUCCACAUAAAUAUGAUUCAGAACUCAAGCAAAAGCUGUGAUGUUCUUGAGAAAUCAGUUUUUUUUCCUUUUCUCUCUCUCACCUUAAAACUAUUGGGGUGGUGGAAUAUAGAUGUCAUUUUGAUCCUCCAUUCUAGUGUCUUUAAAAAUGGAUCAUGAUUUUUAUCAGUUGUGCAAUUCUUGCAGCAUCUCCCUAAACACCAAGACUCAUUAAGCGUUCCAUAGAUAUCCAGUCUAAAUUUUUACCAUAGUUUGUGUUCAUCAUCUUAGUGUACUUUAGAGUAUCAGCAGAUAUCACCAAAACUGGAAGAAACGGUAUGGCGCUGAUAUCAUAGGAGAGACUUUCAAGCAGUGGCAACAUGAUGUCAUUGUCUACCCUAGAACAUGCCAGUGCAGGAGGCUGUCUUACAUGUAUCUUCUGAAAAUCUGCAGCACAAAUGAAUGUCUGCAGCACAGGCAUUCAGAACCCAGAACAUCCUGCAAGACUGCCCCCUCACCAGUGACAUCUAGCAUGUGAACCUACAGCAACAGAUCUCAGGGACAAACUGUCAGAGACAUUAUUUACAAACAACUGCUAGGAUUUUCAGCAAUAGAGUGAGUCACAGGACCACACAAAAUUUGAAUGCUGAAAGUGUCAGUGCAAUUUAGUUAUAAGAGUUUUGUUACAUAAUGUUCCGUAUUAAUGAUCCUUCUUCCUUAGUUCUUACAUUCUAGUAUGUCUUGUAAAUGUUAGGACAGAUUCCAGAAUAUAUUUAGUUACAAAAUUAGUUUUCCUUAGGAUUAGAGGAGUAUGUAAGUUAGCACUCUGUCAUUAUUACAGCAGGCAGAAUAAUACAUGCUACCUUUUUUGUGCAGUAUAACAAAAAUAUUUCAAAAUGAUGGGUAGAAUAAGCUGAAAAACCAAUAGUAAUAUGCAGAUGUACAGUUUUUCUACCUAUUUAAAACUGAAAUUUCAUGUAAUAUAGAGUUUGGAAUAAUUAAUGUGCAAUCAGCCCAUAAAUUCUGUAUGAACCAGCUUGUUCCUCAAGGAUUGGUUUACACUGAUUCAACAGAUGAUGGCAUGCUGUUUCUUUGUUUCUCUCUCUUUCACUUCCAUUCUCACACAUGCAUUCACCCAAUACACUUAUAUAUAUAUAUGCAUAGGUCUGUGGUAAGGGAUUGCCCUUCCCUGUUCAAAAGAUAGUGAGAGAGAGAGAGCUUGUAUUAAUGAUCUGUAUUUAUUGAUUCUUACUUUCACUUUUUCUCCACAAUUGCUUAUGUUGUUUUCUGAGAGAUAUACUGUAUGCUGUUGUGCAUCAUGUUAUCAGUGCCUUUUGUAUGCACCCAGUCAGUACAUGCAUGUACCUACCUGCUUACUGGUCUGGCAACCGAUUUUUCUUCUUCAUCUUAUGAUAAGGAACAGCUGUUUAAUUCAGUCUAUGAUAUUGUUGGUUCUUCAAACUAACAAAAUAAUUCACUUUUUGUAUCAUUCUCUUUUUUUUAUAUUUUGUGGGCUAAGGCUGUUGGUAGUUUUGCUUUAUGCUUUUGCUUUAUUUUUUAUUUUUUAAAUUUAUUUUUUACUUUAUGAGCUUGUGGCUGCUCUGUGGAUAAAGAAUCAAGUAUUACAGUAAAUUGCUGCAGUAUUUAGGGAGGAGUAAUAAGUGACAACUGGAAUGCCCUCUGUCUUGCCAGUAGUGUGUGAACAGGGUGUACAACAGGCCAAAACAUGAGUAUUACAGUAAAGUGCUGCAGUAUUUAGGAAAGGGUAAUGAAUGAGAGUUGUAAUGACCUCUGUGUUGCCGGUAGUAUGUAUAUAGUAGGGUGUACACAAGCCAAAACAUGAGGAGAGAAACCACCAACAAAAGCAAGGCAACAACAAAGUGAGUCACAUUCACUAAAGUGAACCAGUAGAAAGAGUUGCUGUAAAUGAGCAAAACAGUCAGAAAUAAAUCAGAAUCCGUGUAUUCCAGAAUUUUCAACUGUAAUAUCUGUAAUUAGAAGCUCCUACCUCUGUCUUCUUGCAUGAAUCAUCUUAUGCAAUUAGGUAGCUUAAUGUCAUUGUUUAACUGAGUACAGUUUUUAGUGGAUUUCUUAUCAGUACACAUCUUAAUGUAGUAUGUAAGUAUGAGAAGUUAAAAUAGUGGCUUUUUUUCUUGCAGCCACUGUUCAUUUAUGCAGUUGGCAAUACUAAAAUGAAAGACUACAGUUCUGAAGAUAACUGCUGCUUUAUGCAUGUUCAGUUGGAGAGGAGGGUGUGUUUGACUCUUCUGAUAAUUCUAAUCACAAGGAGACACCUGUUUGAAUAUAUGUUGUCAUGUAUUGGGCUUUCUUUCUCUAUUUGUGGGGGAGAGGAAGGGGACACUAAUCAAUCCACAUAUAUAUGCAAAGCCAUGAAAACAUUAAAUAUUCACUUCUAGUCAUCUGAUACAUUGAUUCAUUUUUGGUUAUCAGAAGAAUGACUGUAUGUAUAUGCUUUAAACAGGGGCCACUGUCUUUUAUUUGCUUGGUUCAUGUGUGAAAUGUUAGUUUAAGCCAUACGUGAGUUAAUUUGCAUACCAAAGGAAUGAACUAGACUUGCAAGAAAUGAUAACUUUUUUUAGUAUCUGGCCAUUAAUAUUAGUUGCACUUGUGAUCUUUGAUAUAGACUCGUUGAGUAAUGUCACCAUUUGCUAAAUGUAUUCCACAAUGAAGAAUAAGUCUGUGACAAUUUGUGACUGCAGAGUAUGAUCAAGAAGCUAAGGCGUGCCCCUGACAUUCAGCACCAAGAAUUGUUGUAGUCUAGACUACUAUUCUGGCAGAGGGUUCUUGAAUGAAUAGCCACAGGCAGGUACCUACAGUUCAUGGUCAUAAGAUUGAAGGAUCUGUUCCAAAAUCAAGCGCAGUAAAAGCUUUCAGUUUCCUUGAAAUUUAGUUAUUUUUCUUUAGUGACUUAAGUGAAAAGGCAGGAAUCUUCUUGAAUAACAAUACUGAUUUGCUAACUAAUUUUGUUUUCUCCCACUGUCAGCAAGAGACAGACUUUCCUGCUUCAAGUGAAUUAGAACCAUUUUUUUUUUUUUACUUGCUGAGAAAUUAAGAGUGAAUUUACUUUUGGUUAGCUGUGAACAAAUUCGGUUUAGGACUUAAUUGUAUAUGCUUUUUGGAAUGAUUAAGAGUUAUAAUUAUUAUUUAAGUAUUACUCCUUCCAAACAAAAUAAUAAUGUCCUCAGUCCAGCAGGUUAGUAUGUUUAGUUUAGUCCUUGUUACUCCUUGAGGAGCAUAGGGUCUCAGCAGGUUAGUAUACUUUUGACAUUUUUCUCAUGUAGCAAAUGGAGAUCUUCAGGAUAUAUGUUAGUUUCCGAAAUCUUAGCCUGUUUUUGUAUACAGAUUCCUGCUGAAAUAGUUCAGAUUGUUUAAUUGCUGACAAAAUUCUCAUAACAUUUAAGAUUAAAAGCAUACUAGCAUACCAUGCAGUAGACCCUCUCAAAAUGUUGUUGGUGAUAUAAAAGCAGCAGGCCAGUAAAACGCCAAUUUUUAUCACCAUCUUAUUUUUUUGGUGUGAUUUACGUUUUUUUUUUAAAGCAGAUAAGUGUGAUGUGACACAUGUAAUCUAAAUUGUGUCCUUUUCAGUGUAAUUAUACUGCUUAUUAUCAUUAAUAUAGCUUACUGUUCCUAACUGUUUGUUAAAUGUCUGUAUGGGUAUGUGAGCAAAGACAAAUUUCUGUCCUCCUGGGCAGACAAUAAAGUCUGUUUUGAUUUGAUUUUGAUUUUGAUUACUACUUAAUUUCUUGCUGUAGAUGGAGUUUAACCCAGUCUGUUUAAUAUCUGAGAUAAUUCUAGUGGAUUAAUCUAAAUAGAUACUUUCAUCACUGUGGCAUAUUUUGGUGUAUCUUGUUUGACAUUGAUGAUACUCUAAGAGAGAAAUUUCAUAUAAGCAGCUUCUUAUUUGCUUGCUCACGUCCAAUUUGGAGAAACAAGUAUUUGCACACUUUUUGAGCGACGGCCUGCAAAGCCUUGUUACAUGUCGUACAUUUUUGGACUUUAGAUGAAGACUAGGUAUGACACCAUUACAUCCAGGUGUCACAUGCUUUCCAUGUGCAGUAUUUUCCUGCUGAGCGCUUUACAGAACUUAUGAUACUGCACGUCCUGUGCUGUCAUAAGGAGGUCUACUGCUUCUUUCAUUUGCAGCUUUUUUGUAACUUCUCUUUAGCUUACAAAGCAGAGAUUAGAGACUAGAAUGUAACGACAAGCCUUUGUGAGUGUAGUGAAUGGUACACUGAAGUACACCAAGACUUGCAAUAAUCAUUUAUUGUUGUAGUUGCUCUUGUAAUAGUCAUCACUACCAGAUGGCGCAUUUAAAGAUAAUUGAAAUAUUGUUAUUAUUUUACAAUUAUGUUGUGGGAACUGUUUCAUUUCCUAUUAUCUGAGAUCAGGCUGUGUAGUAUGAUUAUUUACUACAAUUGUUGGUAUAAGAUUAUUUUUUUUGUCCAUCAUGAUAACGUUACCUCAAGAGUAAUAUUGUUUAUAACUGAAAACCUUGAGGUAGUUUAAUAAGCUGUUCCUUUGUUUGUAGACUUUUGUCUUUGGUAAUCUACCCCUGAACGUGCUAAGACUGACAAGGCUUUGGUUUGUUCCUGUUGUGUUAUUUAAUAAUCGACAAAAAUGGCAAUUUUUAAUAAUUUUGAAAUGAAUUCCUUGUGACGAGAGCCCUGCGUUGGAGAAAGAAAAAUGUAUGAUUUUACCAGACAUACCCUUUGGUGCCCCUUGCUUUGUUUUUAUAUUUUUGUGCUUUUUAAGCUGUGCUGACAUUGCCACUUAGCUUAUCAAUCUUUGCAUUUUAAACUUGGUGAAGCCACAAGCACUGUGAGCAGGUUUCUUAUUAAAAUUGUUUAUCGUCUUCACUGGACCGAAACGUCGUGUUCAGGACUUAGUACCGUCCUGGGUUGAUUACCAGAUGUACUAGAGCAUUAAUUAAAACAAGAUAGCCCUUCUGUACGCUAGCUUGUAACAUUCACAAUCUCUUUUUGAUCACCGUUGCCUUUCAUCAUAAUCAUUUCAUUUGGCUGUUAUCAUCAUCUCAUUUGACAUUUUACCGAAAUAAAUAAGAUAUAUUUUC